AUGAUAUCCAAGUCAUCGAAGAACAUCAGUCCAUGGCUGUCGCUGCUUUUCUCCUCGAUAAGACGGCAGUCUCUGGAUAAGAAGCUCCAUUUUAAGGAUAACAUUGUGAAAUUAAGGGAUCUGUCCUUGAAGACUUGUACGGAUACUUUGGCUAAAGAGCCUGACUUGAAUAAGGUCCCCAUAUACGCAGCUCGAAAUAUUUACAGUAUUCAACUUCCCUUGCUCCAAAAGAUGCUACUGACAGAUAUUAUUCUAUCAUCGAAAAAACCUGCAUCGGCAUUAGAAUUCGUUAGAGUAGAUAAAAUGUCCAAAACUAUGAAAAAUCGUAAUAUACCAAAUUGGGAACUGAUAGCUCCUUUAUUCAUGAAUCCCGUGUCACCCACUUACCGAGAAUACAAAGAAGACGGUGACGAAGGAUCAACCCGAUACGGUGGAAUUUCCUUCCGUCUCAAACAAACCAUCAAAUUGGAUGGUAAGGGAAGUAAACCUAUAUCAUUACAUAAAGUUAUAUGGCCCGAUGUGAUAUAUUCUUAUUGCUGUAGAGGCAUUGGUGUGACAGAGGCCAAAUUUAACGAAUUGGAUGGGUUUGUGAAAUUUAUAAAUCCGUCGAAUGGUAACCGAUUACCUAUUUUUCAAGUAUCUUUUGUCCCGGAGGGAUAUGAUGCUGUUGGUCUCUUUCCACAAUUUGUAGAAGAGCAUUUAAAGGUAUUUAAUGAAACAGAUCAAUAUAAGGCGUUGAUCCUAUCAGAAGAAUGUCUCUUCAAAGAUGCCAGGAGGAUAAAGGACUUAAUCAAUGGAGAAUAUCCGUCCAAUGACAGGAAGCAUACAUUCGAUGAUGAUACUCCUGAAUUUAAUGGAGAUGUACUCACUUUGAAAGAGCUUUAUGAAAGAACCGUUAGUCACAAAACUUUAUGGAGCAGACGGGAUGCAAUGGAUCGUCGAUGUCCUGCUGAUAUCAUUCGAUGUGUUCUUUUAUCAAAUAAUGCAACAGUUUCUGGUAUAAGGAGUGAAUACUUCAAAUAUCAUGUCCUGUUCAACGUUUACAUACACACUUUGAAACUAACGGGGAGAUUAACUAUGGACUUAGAUGGCAAACUUUGGCUAGGACGCAUGGACUGGAAAUCAUGGGACCUGCAUAUCUGGAAACAGUAUUUGGAAUUAAACAAACGCGAAGGGCCAUCAACCAUUGAAGGAGUCAUAGAAAGCAAGCAAAUUUUUGAUAAUUUCAUAAAGGAGCUGUAUUACUAUCAAUGCAUUACCACUUCUGAAAUGAUAUCUAAGAGGGAACAAUUUUUUGAGAGUUCAAGAUCAAUCUUGACGUCACUGAUCUUACUUAACAUUUUACAACAUUCCAAAUGGGUGCACUUACUCUACCCAGGGUUGUCAUUAUUUAUGAAAAUGAAUUUACCACCUGUAAUGGAUGCAAUAUUAGAUAAUAGUUUGCGCUUUCCUGAAGGUGUUGCUCAAGAAAAAUUAUUCUCAGAAGGUGCCAAACUGUACAAAAUAAUAGGGACUAUGCAAUCACUGGAAAAUGAAUGUUACCAGAACGACUUCAGUACCAUAAGACCCAUCAAGAUUAAAGACUCAACAGCAUUGAAGAAUUGGAAGAUGAUAAUAAUGACCCGAGUACGCUUACCCAAGGAUAUUACGGAAGUUAUUAAAUUUAACACCAGGAUAUAUACUCAGUUUGUGAAUACCCCCGAAGAGGUCAGCCAAAACGCGUUCACCAUUUGUGUUGGCAAGCAAAUGAUUGACCCAGACACUUUUGUGUAUCUCUUCAGGUUGGACAGCCCAGAGGACUUGCCCUCACCACCGAGGAAAUUAAUCAAGGACACCAUCACCCAUCUGCAACGAACCAUCUAA